AAUUAACGAAUUCCCCGCCAAACCUGUUUGUGUGCUUAGAAAACAAUUUGAAACCCUUGUUUGGCUUUCUCUUCAGAAAGAAUCAACGAGUGCACAAAAUAAGAAUGGCAGGGAGCGGUGCGCGAGAAAUCCAAGUCCGGACGAUAACCGGGGAAUCCACCGCCGUUUUGGUUCCGAAUAAUAGUACCAUUGAAGAGCUCAAGCUCCUCCUCAAGCAAUCUUUCCCUCCCGCCUCUAACUCCCCCAAUUUCCACCUUUUCUUCAAGGGCGUUAAAUUGAGACUGCAGAGUCAGAUAAGCACUUACCCUUUUGAGAAUGGUGAAUUUAUAGUACUCGUUCCGUUUACUAAGAAGGACAUGAGGGCCCGGGAAUUUGAACAAUCUAAAACUUCAUUGAACAGUCCCCAUAAUAGCUCAAUCUCAAAGUUUGCUGAUUUGGCGUGGUCCGAUAUGAUGCAAGAUUUGUCAUAUUUAUGUGAAACAUCGGGUAAUGAAACUUGUACAAAUCGGAAGGUGGGGAGCUUUAGUCUUGGAGAUGGAAGAGAUAUCAUGGAAGGGAAUUCUAGUCUUGGAGAUAGGAAAGAAACUAUGGUGGGAAUGCCAAGUUCUUGUUCCUUUGAGGCAAAACGGAAAAGGGGUUUUGAUUUUGAUAAAUGGAUGGGGCUCCCCUAUGAUCUUAUACUGGAUACAUUGCGGUUCAAUAGCAAGGAAGCUCUCGAUGAGCAUAAUUAUGAAGUAUUUCUUAAAGUUUUGGAGUCAGUGAAUUGUUUGUCGGACCCACAUUCUGGAUUCUGCUUGCUAUCGAGAAAAGCCAACUUUUGGGCUGGUGGCGUGGGAGUGGGAAGUGGUAGUUCAUGUUUGUGUCCAGCUUGGUUGAAGAUGAUUAUGAAGGCAUUUGCUUUCUUGAACAUUUUUUCUGCAUUUCAUCAUUUGCAGCAGAAGAAAUUGACUACUAGUUGUUUGGAAGAAGUGCUGACUCAGCUUGGAAAGUCUGGAAUUAAACUUUGUAUGAAGGACAUAGAGCAUCUUUCCCUUGUUUGUCCUAAGGGAGUGCGUUUUUCAGAUAAUGAAAUGGAGAAAACAAGUUUUGGUGAUACCCUUGUUAUCAUUAAUUGUUCGACAGAACUGAAAGAUCAAAUUGAUCAUAAUCCUAAAACUGCUCGGAAACAGUUGCCUGUGCCUGUACCAAAGGUUAUCUGUGCAAUGAAGAGAUGGGAAAGUUCUUUCAAAACUAAUCUGUCGGAGGCUGUUGAGUUAUUAGUGUGUAAAAAUGGACCUGAGAUUCUUGCGGCUUUUUCCUUGGAGGAGUUACUCUUAUCAGUAAAGGAACAUGGUAUUGCUGCUAGUGGAAAAGAAGCAAAACGGACAAGGAGAAGCUCAGCAGCUUCAAGUUCUGAUUCAGACCAUGUACAUUGUCAUGAAACAAAUUCAUUGCUACCUAUGGAAAUGGUUGAACAUCUUAGGAAGGGCAUUGGAUCUAAAGGACAGAUGGUGCAUGUUGAAGAUGUUGGUGCCAGGAAAGCCACUUAUGUAGAAAUCCCAAAUCAACUCUCAGAUAACAUGAGAUCAGCACUUAAAUCUUUGGGAAUUACUAAAUUGUAUAGUCACCAGGUGGAGUCUAUAGAAGCUUCCCAUGCUGGGAAGAAUGUUGUCGUGGCAACGAUGACAUCUAGUGGGAAAUCUCUUUGCUAUAAUCUAGCAGUUCUUGAAGUCUUGUCCCAGGAUUUGUUAUCAUGUGCUCUAUAUUUAUUUCCAACAAAGGCCUUAGCUCAAGAUCAACUCAGAGCUUUGUUAGAUAUGACAAAAGGAUUUGAUGCCAGUCUAAAUAUUGGCGUUUAUGAUGGUGACACUUCUCAGAAGGACAGGACUUGGCUGCGUGAUAACGCUAGACUGUUGAUCACAAAUCCAGAUAUGUUACACAUAUCAAUCUUGCCACACCAUGAAAGAUUUAGGCGGAUUUUAUCAAAUCUUAGGUUUGUGGUCAUUGACGAAGCUCAUGCUUACAAGGGAGCAUUUGGAUGUCAUACUGCUCUUAUUAUGCGGAGGCUUCGCCGACUCUGUUCGCAUGUAUACGGAAGUGAUCCUUAUUUUAUAUUUUCUACUGCAACUUCUUCAAAUCCUCGCGAGCACUGUAUGGAACUCGCAAAUCUACCAACCUUGGAAUUGAUUCAGAAUGAUGGAAGUCCCUCUGCUAGAAAGCUCUUCAUCCUUUGGAAUCCUAUUGCAUGUCCAAAAACUCUGUUGGAGGAAACUUGCAGUAUGGAUACUGGAGGAUCUACAGUUGAAAUUGCUAAUUUCAGAAAUUCAAGCCCACUUUUGAAUGUUUCGCGCCUCUUUGCAGAAAUGGUUCAGCAUGGACUUCGUUGCAUUGCUUUUUGUAAAUCGCGUAAACUUUGUGAAAUUGUUUUAAGCUAUACGCGUGAGAUUCUUCGGGAUACAGCACCGCAUUUGGUUGAGUCCAUAUGUGCCUAUCGUGCUGGUUACAUUGCUACGGACAGGAGAAGAAUAGAGAGAGAUUUUUUUGAUGGAAAGCUUUGUGGUAUUGCUGCAACCAAUGCGCUUGAGUUGGGCAUUGAUGUUGGACAUAUUGAUGUAACUCUGCAUUUAGGCUUUCCUGGUAGUAUUGCUAGCUUGUGGCAACAAGCUGGAAGGGCUGGGAGGAGAGAGAGACCGUCUCUUGCAGUUUAUGUUGCAUUUGGAGGGCCUCUUGAUCAAUAUUUUAUGAAUCACCCUAAUAAACUCUUUGGGAGCCCAAUUGAGUGCUGUCAUAUUGACGCUCAAAACCAGCAGGUUCUUGAACAGCAUUUGGUAUGCGCUGCUCACGAAUACCCACUGUGUUUGCUUUAUGAUGAGAAAUAUUUUGGGUCUGGUUUAAACUGUUCUAUAUCGUCUCUGAAAACCAGAGGAUACUUGAGUACUGUUCAAUCGUGUGAUUCUUCGUUUCAAAUGUGGAACUAUAUUGGACAUGAGAAAAUGCCUUCACACUCAGUUAGUAUCCGUGCAAUAGAAAAUGUGAGAUAUGAAGUCAUAGACCAGCGCAAUGAUGAAGUCCUUGAAGAGGUUGAGGAAAGCAAGGCUUUCUUUCAGAUAUAUGAAGGUGCUGUUUAUAUGCACCAGGGGAAGACCUAUCUGGUUAAAAAAUUAGAUUUAUCAAAUAAGAUUGCUUUGUGUGAAGAAGCUGAUUUGAAGUAUUACACAAGAACUCGAGACUACACUGAUGUUCAUGUCAACGGCGGCAAGAUUGCCUAUCCGGUGAAGGUUUCCAACAUUCGGCUUUCAAGAACAACUGCAAAAGCACAUACUUGCAAAGUAACUACUAAUUGGUUUGGUUUCUAUCGAAUCUGGAGAGGAAGCAACCAAAUAUUUGAUACGGUUGAACUGUCACUUCCUAGUUAUUCAUAUAACUCACAGGCAGUUUGGAUUCCAGUUCCGCAAUCAAUAAAAGCAGCUGUCAAUAAGCAAAACUUUGAUUUUCGUGGAGGCUUGCAUGCUGCUUCACACGCUCUUCUGAAUGUAGUGCCCUUACAUAUAAUAUGCAACUCAUCUGACUUGGCUCCAGAGUGUCCAAACCCUCAUGAUAGACGCUAUUAUCCAGAAAGAAUUCUAUUAUAUGAUCAGCAUCCUGGAGGGCUUGGUGUAUCAGUUCAGGUUCAACCCCUUUUCACAGAGUUGUUAACCGCUGCUCUGGAACUGCUUACGUCUUGUUACUGCUUAGGAGAUGCUGGUUGCCCCAAUUGUGUUCAAAGUUUUGCUUGUCACGAGUAUAAUGAGGUUUUACACAAGGAUGCAGCCAUUAUUAUCCUCAAGGGUGUUCUGGACACAGACAAAUUGUAUUUCAGGAGAUGUCAUGACUCUUCCCAAGUUCCUGGAGCCGAAGAUCCUUGCCAAAAUGUUUGAUAUAUUUGUACAAGAAAGCGAAUUAAAUUCUUUUCUCCUUUUUCCCCUUUCUCCUUGUAUUUUAAGCAUUAUACAAAAAUAUAAUCAAUUUAAUGA